UCCCAACAGGAGGACUCAGUACACAUAACUACGAUUUCUCUUAUCCCUUAUACGUAGAUCCCAACAGGAGGACUCAGUCCACAUGUCUAAAGUCCUUGGAUUAUAAAGUUGACUGCGUGGAUGGAAGUCUUGCUUAUCACAAACUUUUAUUUCUGUAAAGCGAAAGAAGCGGAAAUCUGCAGGAGGUGCCAUCUACUACUAGCUACUUCGAAUCAUUAAGCAAAAGUAAAAUAAGACAGAUGCCUAUUGGUGGAGCUCAUCGUGCUAUCUCCAUUGACGAAAUUAGGUUGGUCAGUCUCAAUAGUAAUACUCUAAUUGAUCCAGAGUGUUGUGUAUUUAAAGUGCACCACCUUUUACGUGAGACAAAUGCCAUGGCAUAUGAGCCUUGUCUGCUUGCCAUAGGUCCUUAUCACCAUGGAAAGGAUCACUGUAGUUAUAUGGACAAGCACAAAUUGAGAUUUCUCCAACAAAUGCUUAAAAAUAGAAAAGAGACUAGUCCAGAAAGAUAUAUCACAGCCAUGAAAGCAAAGGAAGAACGAGCCCGUCGAUUUUAUGCAGAUGAAUUCCCUAAAUUAUCCUCAGAUGAGUUUGUAGCAAUGUUGCUACUUGAUGGGUGUUUCAUCAUCGAGUUGUUCCGUAGCUUCCGUGACAGAAUCUUCCAAGAAUGUCAGUUCUAUCCAAUCUCCCAAUUCGAUGGAAAUGAACCAAUCUUUCAAACAAAUUGGAUGAUUAAUGGCAUAAUGCGUGAUCUACUAUUAUUUGAAAAUCAACUACCAUUCUUCAUUCUUAGUGAAUUGUUCGAGAUGAGUGACAGUUGCAACCAACAAUAUGAUUAUGCUCAGUGUGAGAGCACAACCUUUGCAAAUAAAAGUGAGAAGAACCAGACACUACUUGGCAACCGAUCUAGAAAAUCUAGCAAACACGUCAUUGAUUUUGACCAGAAACAUGAAAUUACUGAUGAUGAAAGCUCAGUCUCCAAGGAUGUGAGUGAAAGGGUCUCAACUCGACUUCUUGAUUAUGCCCUAGGUUUCUUUUAUGGCAUGGCGGAAUUAUCAUGUAAAUUGAAUGUCAGUGGAUCAAGUUGUGUUUCAAAUGCCAACAUUGAACAUCUACUUGGUCUGAUACAUAAAGCUAUGAGUCCUUCACAUAAAGAGGGAAGUCCACAUGAGAAUGAAGAGACACAAGAUUUAAAGGAUCUAGUUGGUCCAAAUGAGAAUGAAGACUGGCAGUCAAUACCUUUUGCCACAGACCUUCAAGAGGUUGGAGUUGAAUUCGAGAAGGCAAAGAAAUUUAGGGAUAUUCUAUUUAGUACGCCGGAAGAGUGGAAGUUAAUACCAAAUGUCAUAGAGCUCCAAGAGGCUGGAGUCAAAUUCAAGAAGGCAGAGACAGGUAACUUGUUUCACAUAAAGUUCAACAAUGGAGUAAUGGAAAUCCCACCUAUGAAUAUAGGAGAUAGCACAGAGUCAAUUUUCCGAAAUCUAAUUGCCUAUGAGCAAUAUGGUCAAGAUGUUAAUCUCAAGUAUGUCCUUGACUUUGUAAUCCUCAUGGAUUAUCUGAUUGACACCCCAAAGGAUGUCGAAUUACUUCGUCGAAAUGGAAUAAUUAAUAAUUGGAUGGGUGGUGAUGAAGUUGUUUCCAACAUGUUUAACAAAUUUACCCUCAACGCCACUACUACCGGUGACUUCUAUUACGCUGACAUUAUCAAGGAAGUAAAGAAGCAUUGUGACAGACGCUGGAAUGUAUGGAAGGCGAAAUUAAAGCAUGAUUAUUUCAGUAGCCCUUGGGCAUUACUUUCAGUUCUAGCGGCUAUCUUAUUACUUCUACUAGCAAUUGCACAAACUGUAUUUUCCAUUGUUUCUUAUGUUUUCAAGUGAGUCGUUACUACGAUUUGAUCUUCUAAGUUGUUGUUGUAAAAAAUAUGUCUCAAAUUAAAAUAUUUGGGGUAAAUAAGUGACUUCAUUGCGUA